UAUUCUAAAGUAUAUCACUAAAGAGGUUAUGUUUUAGGAAAUUUUGAUGGUCUUAUAAAAUAAUACUCCAGAAGGAGUUAUUAAAAAAAAAUAAUACAAAAGGAUUUUAAAGAGUGUGAUAAAUAGUGACAAAUUGUGAAAUCAUCAAUAACUAUACAAAAUGGGCAUUAGCAAAGGACAAAACAUUGAUAGUAUGGAGAAUAUUUGCGAAUCUUUAGAUAAAUUAACAUUGAAAAAUCUCGAAUUAAUGGAAGAGAAAAUUCGCACGAAUAUUGAAAUGGAAACUAUUUUACGAGAAGGACAUAUUGAAUUAGCAAAAGCAAGAUACAUACGUGGAAAAGAAAGUAUUGGAUGUUUACAAAUUCCAUCAGAAGACGAAGAAAUAACAUCUCUUUUUCAUCUUGAAACAAUAAAAUCAAAUGAAACAGACGUUCCAGUGUUUGAUAUAAGUUUAAAGAAAUCCGAAAAAGAUAUUCCAAAUCCAAUAAGAAGAUUUGGAGUUCUUGUUCCUCAAAAUUUGAAAAAUGCUCAAAAACGAUUUCAAGAAUCUUUAUAUAUUACAGCUAAGAUUGCAAACGUUUCUGCUCAACUUCUUAAUAUUCAAAAUGAAUUUCAAUCUUUGAUGAGAGUGAAAAAAAAAAUUUCAACAAACGAUGAUGGAAAUAAUAAAAAAUUAUAAUGACAAUUAUUUUCUUAUUCGUUAGAAUAAUUAAUGUAAAAUUUAAAAUACAAAUUUUAGACAAAUUCUUUUUGUUAAAAAGAAUUAAUAUUUCAUAUGUAAUAAACAAAUUUUAAUUAAUUGUUAGAAUUAUAAAUAUUUCGUUUACAAAUAUUUUAAUGAAAUUUGAUUAAAUAAAAUUUAUAAAUUUGAAAA